AUGGCUAAGACAAGGAGUAUGACUAAAAGAGAGAAUCAAGAUGCAUCUAACAAGAAAAGGUUCAAGACAUGUGAUGAUGAUGAUAAUGAUGAUCCAACACCUUGGUCAGAUCUUAACCAUGAAUUGCUUUUUACAGUUAUGAUGCAACUGGGAGUUGUUGAUUUUCCAGCAUUUAGUGGAGUUUGUAAGUCAUGGAGGUCAUUUGCACUUUCAAACAAAAGCAAGUUUAUGGAGUCCAAAUCACCCAUGUCCAUAUCCAUCUCUACUGAGUCGAAUGAGGAAGACUACAACUAUUACUUAGAUGAUAUAAAUACUGAAGGAAGAAGCUUCAAUUCCCUUCUUCCUCAUUCUGGUGGAAGGACAUGUGUUGGUUUUACUUGUGGACACUUGAUCUUAUUCGGGAGUAAAACUCAUGAUUUCUGGCUUCUUGAUCCUGUCACAAGGCAUGAAAUUCAUUUUCCUGAUAUCCCUUCUUCAGUAAGUGAUGAUCCAGUAAAAAUCAGGGGUUUUCUUGCCUUUUCACCUUCAAAAUCUCGGUGGGUGUUUGUUAUGACAGAUGGAUCCGUCAAUAUAUGGUUUUCUAUAUCGGGUCAAGGCGAAUGGAAUCAUGUCACAUCAACUUCUCUUAUUGUUGAUUUAAUUGCUUUCAAUGGAAAGAUGUAUGCCAUAGACAACUCUGGUCAUUUAUGUGAACUGACAAUUAAUCCUGAGCCUAAAUUAUCGAUACUUGAAACCAAGAAUUUUCCUAACUUUCCUGAACGUCAGCUGUUUUAUUGUUGGAGUGAAAGCCUUUAUGUGAUGAGAUAUUUGCCAGUAGGUCAUCUCGAAUAUCACAAACUAGAUUUUGAGGAAAUGAAAUGGAUGCUAUGUAAAAGUUCAAGAAAAGCAGUAACAUGGGUAUCAUCCAAUCCCAAUCAUAGUGUGUUGAAGCGUAUUGCUGCUGCUAAAGAAGGAAAAUGCAAGUUAUUUAUUUGGGAACAUAUGGUAUACCCGAAAAAUGUUUGA